UACGCACGCGCUCUGCUGACAGCUCAAGCUCGAGAGCACAGAGGAGGUUACACGGGCGGUUCCGUUACUGCUGUGUAAGACGCCAAGGACAUUUCUGCGCUUGUGUUUGUUGGAAAUAUAACUUAAAGCCGGUUCUUGACUUUGUAAGAAGGUUCUCGGGUACUUUGAAUUCGUGAACUACUCUGCUGCCAUACUGUUUUACUAAAAUGACGUGGCUGGAUGAGUUUGAGAGAUUAAGCGCAGUUUUUCUGUCCAUUUUACUUAGCUUUACUUUUCAAGGUGCAUACUGUGAACUGGUGCUUUCUCCUGCUGGUCCUACUCAGGUGAAUGCUAUAGCUGGCAGCAAUGUGACUCUGGCUGUGUCCUUCAGUGGUGCCCCUGACCCAGUGGUUACCUGGUUUAUGGCAGAUUUACCUGUCAUCACAUGGACUAUUACCUCGACUACUCCCCCAGACAUAGCCAAAAACUACAGGGAGGUACUGAGGAUUGAGCGAAAUGGAUCCCUUACCUUUGUAAAUGUGCCACUUGGCUAUACCAGUAACUACACCAUUGAAAUUACAAAGUCUGGAUUUGGAAAAGCCUUGACUACUUUCAGUCUGAAAGUAUUUGAAAAAAUCCAGAAUGUGAUUCUGAGCGCACAGCCUGAUUUUGCCAAAGAGGGAACUGACCGGUUCACUCUGCAAUAUAGCAUGCUGCAAGGAGUGGUCGAGCAACAGAUGUGGUUCUUCAAUGGCAAAGAGAUAAAUACCAACUCACACUACUCGUUGGAGCAGCAGAGCCUUGUGAUCCUCGGGCCAAACCGAAGCGACACAGGACAGUAUGAAGUGUUAUUGACGAACCCCUUCAGCAGUGUGACAGCUCGCAUGAAUGUGACUGUGCUGUAUGGACCAGAUGAGCCCAUACUUGAGGCCCGUCCAGCUCAGGCUUUCUAUGUAUCAGGAGACUCUCUGAGCCUCUCCUGCCAUGCUGAGGGAUUCCCACAGCCAACAGCUGAGUGGGUCUUUGGUGGUCAGACCCUUUCUGGUUCCCGCAGAGGGGUCCUAAAUCUAACACAUGUACAAAUCAGUCAAGGAGGCGUUUAUACAUGUACGCUGCUCAAUGAGCAGACUGAAGAACAGCGGCGAAAGAGCAUGACUUUAAAUGUUUAUGAGAGGCCGUCGGGCAACCCAAUGUGCUCUGUGCAGUCGGUGAAUAACGUCGACUUGCAGUACCACUGUUGGUGGUCGGGGGGAACUCCACAGGCCCAGCUUUCUUUCCCAGCACUAAGCAACACCAGCAGUGGAGCGGGGAACUUCAGCCUGACCUUCAACGCCUCAGAUAACCUCAACAGGAAAACUGUCACAUGCAUGGCAGACCACCCAACUGAACAAAAUAAGUGCAAUAUUACUGCAAGGAGUCCAAUGGAGUUCCUGCCAGCUGUGAGAACCACAGUUGAUUCUGAGGGCAAAAUAGUUGUCACUAUCCACUGUGUCAGUGAGGCAUCGCCUAAGGCUGUGGUGUCAUGGUCCAAAGGCAGCGAGGCUGUCACCAGCAGGACAAUAUACCAGAUCAGCAGUGACACCACGCAGCUCAAGAUUUAUGAUUACAAUGUCAGCAACUUUCUCCUCCAUAACUACACUUGCAACUGCCGCAACCCACUGGGCAGCCAGAGAAGGGAAAUACAGCUAAGAGGACCGUCGAUCUCAGAUUCCAGUUUGUUCCCUAAUCAAGAUGGAACCAUCAUCACAUUGACCUGGGAGGUCCCGCCUACCUCUGUUGUUACAGGGUUUGACAUCCAAAUGAAAGGACCAGACCUCCUGAACAAAAAUCGUAAUGGCACCCAAACUAGAGGCAGCUCAAACAGUUUUCACACCAUCCAGCAGAAACCUGGCUCUGACAGGAGUGCGGACAUCUUUGACCUCGAUCCCAACUUGACGUACAGGUUUCGGGUCAUUCCUAAAGCUCGUAUGACUGAAGGAGAGCCAUCUGAGGUCCACAGAAUUGGUCCAGGCGAAGGGCUGAGUGGCCCUGCGAUUGCUGGCAUUGCAGCUGGAAUCCCCUGCAGCCUUCUCUUCCUGCUCCUGCUGGGCGGCUUCAUCUACCUCUGUGUCUACUGCAACAAGAACAAAAGUAGUCGGCAGACAAGAUAUCCAGUGUCCAGAGCAGCUGAGAAGGCAAUAACAACCCAAACAGAUACAACUCCUCAUAACCUGCUGACAGGAGGGCUGAAGUCCCUCCCUGAUUACAACAGAUUACAGCAGACUCCCUCUGAGAGAUCAGUGACUCUCCCCACGUUUGUCCCUCCACUUCCCGUCAGAGUUGCUACAACUGUCUAAACUCCAAAAUUUGCUUUGUGUAUAUCGGUUUUGUAUAGCAUGCUUUUAUUUUUUAUAUGUUUUUUUUAUUUUAAAUGUAUGAGAAUUUUUCUAUAUUUUUUAUCAUUAUUUUAACUAAAAUAAGGAUCGGUGUCAUAAAUGUAUUUCAUUGGAGAUGGAUAUUUGUAUCACUUUCCUGUAUAAUCUGCAACUUAAAACUCCUUUAUUUUGUAACAGUAUUUAUUCAUAAUAAAUCAAUAUAAGCCA